AUGUCGGAGGGUGAGGAGGCGGCGCGGCGGGGCCGAGGGCCGCCGGCGCCUCCGCCCCGCCCGAGCGUGCGCCCCGACCCCAAGCCCCGCUGCGCGCCGCCCCGGCUCAUCCGGCCGUCGGAGCACCUGGCCAUAGUCGAGAAGGCGAUGGCUGACCGAACGAGAGCUGCGCAGCAACGGCCUCCGCCCCUGGUGCCGUCGGUGACGGUGCUGCCAGGGCCCAGACCAGUGCCGCCCCCGCCAGUGCCCAGGCCUUUCAUGCAGCCGUCUAGGAUGCCAGUGCCCACGUCUCAUCCUGUCAGGAGAUUGCCGCAGCCACCUAGAAUGCCUCAGCGCAAAGAUUUCGAAGACUGGAUUGACCACAUGCGGCGACUACCACGUAUGGUCCAUGGACCAGCCAUCGAUUCCCUCGCACAAAUACGACCCGUCCUCACGCCGCUGCUAAGCCAAAAUGAAGACAUUAUUCAGUUGGAGUUUCUUGGAAAUCAGUAA